GUGCCCGGCCCGCGCCCUGCUCCCGCUGGGGCCGCCCCGGGCUCUGCCCGCCCCGCUGCGGAGCUGCAGCCUCCAGGCUACAGAUUAACGUCCACGUUUUGCUCCAGAUCAUCCCAUCCUCCCAGGGGGAAAGAAAUGGCUUCAAUGGAGCUGGCUCAGGGGCCAGUGACUCUCGAGGAGGUGGCUGUGUAUUUCACCAAGGAGGAAUGGGCUCUGCUAGACCCUGUUCAGAGAGCCCUCUAUAGGGAUGUCAUGCAGGAGAACUAUGAGACGGUGGUCUUGCUGGGGUUUCCAGUUUCAAAACCUGAUGUGAUCUCGCAGCUGGAACGAGGGGAAGAGCCGUGGAUCCUGGACCUCCAGGACUCUGAGAAAGAAGAGCUCCUGAGAGGUGAUGGGAUAGUGAGUGAGAAUGAGGACGAAAAGCCCCAGCAGGAAGAUGCUGAGCAAGUAGAACCACAUGGAACAUUAUCAGGAAGAUCCAAAGGGAAUGUUUCCGGGAGUUGUGAACUCCCAGAAAAAGCAAAAGCCUGUGAGAGUCAGCACAGGCCAGAGGGAAACUUCAGUAGCCACUCAAACCUUAUUGGAAAUGAGAGAAUCAACUUGGAAGAGACACACUAUGCAUGCGAUGAGUGUGGGAAAAGCUUCAAUGGGAACGCUGCCCUUAUCACACAUCACACAAUCUACAUGGGUGAGAAACCUUAUGGAUACUCUGAGUGUGGGAAACGCUUCAUUGAUAGUUCAACCUUCAUCUCACAUCGGCGAAUCCACACAGAAGAAGCGCCCCACAUAUGCUCUGAGUGUGGGAAAUGCUUCAAUCAGAGCUCUGCCCUGAGCACACAUAGGAGAAUCCACACAGGAGAGACGCCCUACACGUGUUCUGAGUGCGGGAAAAACUUCAGUUGGAGCUCACACCUUAUCUCACAUUGGAGAAUCCACACAGGUGAGAAAGCGUAUGCAUGCUCUGAGUGCGGGAAAAGCUUCAAUCAGAGCUCUGCCCUUAUCACACAUCAGAGAAUCCACACAGGGGACACGCCCUACACAUGCUCUGAGUGCGGGAAAAGCUUCAGUCGGAGCUCACACCUUAUCAGACAUCAGAGAAUCCACACAGGAGAGAGGCCCUACACAUGCUCUGAGUGCGGGAAAAGCUUCAGUCGGAGCUCACACCUUAUCAGACAUCAGAGAAUCCACACAGGAGAGACACCCUACACAUGCUCUGAGUGUGGGAAAAGCUUCAGUCGGAGCUCACACCUUAUCAGACAUUGUAGAAUCCACACAGGAGAGAUGCCCUACACGUGCUCUGAGUGCGGGAAAAGCUUCAAUCAGAGCUCUGCCCUUAUCACACAUCAGAGAAUCCACACAGGGGACAUGCCCUACACAUGCUCUGAGUGCGGGAAAAGCUUCAGUCGGAGCUCACACCUUAUCAGACAUCAGAGAAUCCACACGGGAGAGAGGCCCUACACAUGCUCUGAGUGCGGGAAAAGCUUCAGUCGGAGCUCACACCUUAUCAGACAUCAGAGAAUCCACACAGGAGAGACACCCUACACGUGCUCUGAGUGUGGGAAAAGCUUCAGUCGGAGCUCACACCUUAUCAGACAUCAGAGAAUCCACACAGGAGAGAUGCCCUACACAUGCUCUGAGUGCGGGAAAAGCUUCAAUCAGAGCUCUACCCUUAUCACACAUCAGAGAAUCCACACAGGAGAGAGGCCCUACACAUGCACCGAGUGUGGGAAAAGCUUCAAUCGGCGCUCAAACCUUAUCAUACAUCAGAGAAUGCACACAGGAGAGAAGCCCUACACAUGCUCUGAGUGCGGGAAAAGCUUCAAUCACAGCUCUGCCCUGAGCGCACAUAGGAGAAUCCACACAGGAGAGAGGCCCCACCCAUGCUCUGAGUGCGGGAAAAUCUUCAGUCAGAGCUCACACCUUAUCACACAUCAGAUAAUCCACAUGGGCGAGAACUGUAAUAAAUCCCUUGACUAGGGCUGGCCAAAGGGUAUGUCUACACUACGGGAUUAAUCCAAAUUUACAGAAUUUGAAUUUUGGAAACAGAUUGUAUAAAGUUGAAUGUAUGCGGCCACACUAAGCACAUUAAUUCGGCGGUGUGCGUCCAUGUACCGGGGCUGGCGUCGAUUUCCGGAGCGUUGCACUGUGGGUAGUUAUCCCAUAGCUAUCCCAUAGUUCCCGCAGUCUCCCCCGCCCAUUGGAAUUCUGAGUUGAGAUCCCAGUGCCUGAUGGGGCAAAAAACAUUGUCGCAGGUUGUUCUGGGUACAGCCUCACCCCUUCCUCCAUGAAAGCAACGGCAGACAACCGUUUUGCGCCUUUUUUCCUGGGUGAACACAGCAGAUGCCAUACCACGGCAAGCACGGAGUCCGCUCAGCUCAAGACAGCAGUCAUGAAUAUUGUAAACACCUCGCGCAUUAUCGUGCAGUUUAGGCUGAACCAGGACCAGAAAAACGAGGCAAGGAGGAGGCAGCGACGGCAGCGCGGCGACAAGAGUGAUAUGGACUUGGACAUAUCUCAAACCGUGGGUCCCGGCGCUUUGGAGAUCAUGUUGUUGAUGGGGCAGGUUCUAUCCGUGGAACGCCGAUUCUGGGACCGGGAAACAAGCAUAGACUGCUGGGACCGCAUAGUGUUGCAGGUGUGGGACGAUUCCCAGUGGCUGCGAAACUUUCGCAUGCGUAAGGGCACUUUCAUGGAACUUUGUGACUUGCUUUCCCCUGCCCUGAAGCACCAGAAUACCAGGAUGAGAGCAGCCCUCACAGUUGAGAAGCGCGUUGCGAUAGCCCUGUGGAAGCUUGCAAUGGGUAAAAGGACUACUAGAGCCUCCCCGGGGAUAGUGCUUGGGGUGUGCUAUAGACCGCCGGGAUCGACCCAGGAUAUGGAUAAGGAACUAUUUAAUGUAUUAAGGGAAGUAAAUACUAAUAGAAACUGUGUAAUUAUGGGGGACUUUAACUUCCCGGAUAUAGAUUGGGGAACAAACGCUAGUAGCAAUAAUAGGGCUCAGAUGUUCCUAGAUGUGCUUGCUGAUCAAUUCCUUCAUCAAGUGGUAGCUGAACCGACGAGGGGGGAGGCCAUUUUAGAUUUGAUUCUGGUGACUAGUGAGGACCUCGUUGAGGAAGUGGUAGUGGGGGACAACUUGGGCUCCAGUGAUCAUGAGCUAAUUCGGUUUAAACUAAAUGGAAGGAGUAACAGAAUUAAGUCAAAGACUAGGGUUUAUAAUUUUAAAAAGGCCAAUUUUAACAAAUUAAGGGGACUGGUAAGGGAAGUGGAUUGGGCAAACGUAUUAAUGGAUCUAAAGGCAGAAGAAGCCUGGGAUUACUUUAAGUUAAAGAUGCAUGAGCUGUCAGAGGCCUGUAUCCCCAAAAAGGGAAAAAGAUUACUAAGCAAAAGAUUUAGACCGAGCUGGAUAAGCGACCGACUCAAAGGAGCGAUUAGGAAAAAACAGAAAGCAUACAAAGAGUGGAAGAGGGGAGGGAUCAGUAAGGAAACUUACCUUAGUGAAGUCAGAGAAUGUAGAGAUAGAGUGAGAAAGGCCAAAGGCCGUGUAGAGUUGGACCUAGCGAGGGGAAUUAAAAGCAAUAGUAAAAGGUUUUACAGCCAUAUAAAGUUGAUCAAUGACA